AUUACACAAUGUAAUUUAUUUGGUUUCCAAGACACCCAAAAAGGAGUAAAUCAAUUUUAUUAAAUGUAAAAGUAAAUUCAGUUUAAUUUGUAUUCUUUAUAUAUAAAGAGAAAAGGAGAUUAUUUUUGAGAAAAAAGUAUAUUAUUUCCCAAAUGAAGAAAGUUGAAUUAUGCCGACGAAUAUUGAAGUCAUUGAUAGGAUUAAUUACGAGAACGAUCAGAUAGCAAAUUCCUAUCGAUUGGAGUCGCAAAAUCCAUUUAGCGCCGAAUCAGUGGAGAAGAUUUUAGAAACAUGGAUGAAUAAUAUUUUAGAAAAUGCAUCCUAUGAUGCAAAUGAAAGCCCUAGAUUGUGCGCGCAAAUUGCCACUGAAAUUCGAAAUCGAGUGGAAAUGUUAGAAUUUGAUAGAUAUAAAAUUGUAGUUGUUGUAACUAUAGUAGAAAAAGAAAAUCAGGGCAUAACAUCAUCAAUGGCAUGUGUCUGGGAUAGUCAAAGAGACAAUUAUGCUAAAUAUGUUUUGGAAACUCUUACUUUUAUUGCCUAUUGUUGUGUUUAUGGAGUUUAUUGUGAAUAAGUGUUAAAAAUAUUAAAUAUUUUUUUUUCUUGAAAAAAUAAAUAA